AUGGAUGAGAGGCUGCAGAUAGCCGUGGAGGAGAGGUUGCCGAUAGCCGGGGAGGAGAGGUUGCAAAGGCUGCAGCGUGCUGCCGCAGAAGAAGAUGUGGAUGCAUUAUUUUCAAUACUUGCGGAGGAUCCUCUUGUUUUGGAGCGCUUUGAUGAGAAAGCAUUUUUGAGUACUCCCUUACACACAGCUGUAAGAGAGGGAAAGAUCCGAUUCGCAAAGGAAAUAGUAAACCUAAAGCCUUCAUUUGUUUGUAAGCGAGACCAUCUUGGGCGUAGCUCCCUUCAUUUGGCUUUGGAGGGGAAGCACGGGGAACUGAAAGAGCUUAAUCCCCCUCCUUUGGCUUUAGAAGAAAGGUAUCAGGAAAUGGAAGGGCGUGGUCCCUCCGAUUUGGAUUUGGAGAAGUAUCAAGAAUUGGUAACAUGGCUGAUAAAAAUUCACCCAGAGCUUGUUCGGGUGAAAGCAAAGGGAAUGGUUACUCCUUUGCACUACGCAGCUCAAAUAGACGAUGAAUUCAAUUUGGCUGAUUUUUUGUAUGUUUGUCCAUCAUCUAUUGAAGAUUUGACAGUUAAAUCUGAAACUGCUGUCCAUGUGGCUAUCAAAAACCGGAGUUUCAAGGCUUUUAAAGUCUUGUUGGGAUGGCUUCGACGCUUCGACAAAGAAGAUAUCCUAAAGUGGGAAGAUGAAGAAGGAAACAAUGCGUUGCAUACUGCAAUUUCUGCAAAUCAAGCUGAGGUAGUAAAGCUGUUGAUUAAAUAUAUGGACGUAAAUGGAGUGAACGGUAAAGGUUUGACAGCUCUGGACAUCUUCUACGAUCUCCAACAUUUGCUGAAUCCAGAGGUUAAGCAAAUUCUGCUUGGUGCUAAAGCUAAAAGAGCUUCUAAACUCAAUCUUCUCAACUUAAAAACAAUAGUUAUUUACCGUUUAUUCCGUUCUAAAAAUUUAUUUGUCCGCUACUUAUGUUGGGACCUAAACCCUGUGGAAGUAAUUAUCAAAAGCACAGGGUUUGGAAACCUAAUCAUAAAUAGGACUCCUCUUGAAGUCCAAAACGCGGUACUUGUGGUGGCAAUAUUGAUUGCAACGGCCACCUACCAAGCAGCACUCAGCCCCCCAGGAGGAAAUUGGCAAGAUGAAGGUCAGGUGGCAACAAAGAACACUUCUGUAAUCAAGAACACAUCAGCAGUCUCAUUAUACAACAUUUUUCUGAAUCCAACAUUUUUUUACCGAGGGCGCUCACAGCAGCAGGCAGGGCAUAUGAUUCAGGGGACUCCAUCUCAUUUCUGUUUCUUGAUAUAUAAUACUGUGGCUUUUUCUUCUUCAGUUUGCACAAUUAUUGUUCUCAAAAAGGACAUUGAAGAAGGAUUGCUCAAAGUUCAAGCUGCUGUGAAGAAAGGGAUUGACAAGAAAGAUACAUGUAAUCUUCUAUCUAUGACAAGAACUCCCAGGCAAAAUGAGAAAUACAUUUAUACUGGAAACAAGACUAUUUCUCAAGUUGAAGCUAUAGGAGUUUAUGAUUAG